UUCAACCUGCUGUCUCUCUCAAAGUCAGUCGGCAGCCCAGGCAGCCUGUCCACACAUUGUCAAGAUGCCACCCAAAAAAGUGCAAAUAGAAGUGGAAGAAGAAGAGGAGGAAGAUGAUGACACUGAAGAGAGCUCAAGUGAAGAGGAAAAGGAAGAUAAGUUGCCUCGAAGAAAGAGCAUGAAACCAAAUAGGAAAAGGAACAGGGAUAUUAUCAGUGAAGAUGACCCACCACCUGAACCUGAGGAUGCAGAAACCAGAAAAGCAAGGGAAAAAGAGAGGAGGAAGAAGAUGAAGAGAGGAGCAGAUGAAGAUGAUGAAAUCGAUGAAGAGGAAUUGGAGAGAAUGAAGGCAGAGUUAGAUGAAAAAAGGCAAGUCAUUGCUACAGUCAAAUGUCAACCAUGGAAGAUGGAAAAGAAGAUCCAAGUCCUAAAGGAAGCGAAAGAUUUUGUAAGUGCAAAUGAAGGGGCACUUGGGAAAGGAAAAGGAAAACGGUGGUUUGCCUUCAAGAUGAUGAUGAAGAAAAAAUGGGUGAAAUUUCUUAAGGAUUUUGAGAUCUUCAAGCAGGCAUGUAUACCAUGGGAAAAUAAAAUCAAAGCUGUUGAAAGUCAAUUUGGGUCAUCGGUUGCCUCUUAUUUUCAUUUCUUGCGGUGGAUGUAUGGAGUGAAUAUGGUCCUCUUUGUCCUGACAUUUAGCCUUAUUAUGUUACCGGAGGCACUGUGGGGUUUGCCAUAUGGAAGUUUACCUAGAAAAACAGUUCCAAGAGCUGAAGAAGCAACUUCCCAGAACUUUGGUGUACUCUAUGACUUCAAUGGUAGGGCACAAUAUUCUGUCCUCUUUUACGGAUAUUACGACAAUGCACGGACGAUUGGAAACAUGAAUUUCAGGAUGCCUCUCUCCUAUUUUCUGGUGGGAAUCAUGUGCAUUGGAUACAGCUUCCUGAUUGUCAUCAGAACGAUGGCAAAGAAUCUUGGUGAAGAUGGAGGAGGAGAUGACAACACUUUUAAUUUCAGCUGGAAAAUGUUCACGAGCUGGGAUUUCUUGAUUGGCAACCCUGAAACAGCAGACAACAAAUUUAACUCCAUCAUAAUGAACUUUAAGGAAGCUAUUGAUGAAGAAUUUGCAGCUCAAAGGGAAGAAAAUGUCCACUUGAUUCGAUUCCUGAGAUUUCUUGCUAACUUCUUCUGUUUCCUCACACUUGGUGCAAGUGGAUAUCUAAUUUUUUGGGCUGUGAAGAGAUCCCAGGAAUUUGCACAGCAAGAUCCAGACUCCCUUGGGUGGUGGGAAAAAAAUGAAAUGAACAUGAUAAUGUCUCUCUUGGGGAUGUUCUGUCCAACUUUAUUUGACUUAUUUGCUGAGCUGGAAGAUUAUCACCCUCUUAUAGCUCUGAAAUGGCUAUUGGGGCGCAUCUUUGCUCUUCUUCUGGGCAACUUGUAUGUAUUUAUUCUUGCCAUAUUGGAUGAGAUCAAUAAUAAGUUGGAAGAAGAGAAGUUAGUUAUGGCAAACAUCACCAUAUGGGAAGCAAACAUGAUCAAAGCCUACAAUGCAUCUCAGAGUGAAAAUAGCACUGGUCCUCCUUUCUUUGUGGAACCUGCUGAUGUGCCCAGGGGGCCCUGCUGGGAGACAAUGGUGGGACAGGAAUUUGUGCGACUGACUGUGUCUGAUGUCCUAACAACUUAUGUCACAAUUCUCAUUGGUGACUUUGUAAGAGCCUGUUUUGUCAGGUUUUGCAACUACUGCUGGUGCUGGGACCUGGAAUAUGGCUAUCCCUCUUACACUGAAUUUGAUAUCAGCGGCAAUGUCCUGGCACUGAUCUUCAACCAAGGCAUGAUCUGGAUGGGAUCCUUUUACGCUCCUUGCCUCCCAGCUAUCAACAUACUCCGUUUGCAUACAUCUAUGUACUUUCAGUGCUGGGCUGUCAUGUGUUGCAAUGUUCCUGAAGCUAGAGUCUUCAAAGCUUCUAAGUCUAAUAAUUUUUACUUGGCUAUGCUUUUGCUCAUCCUCUUCCUGUCUACAAUGCCAGUCCUGUAUAUGAUUGUCUCCUUCCCACCAUCUUUUGACUGUGGACCAUUCAGUGGCAAAAACAGAAUGUUUGAAGUCAUUGGGGAAACUCUGGAGCACGAUUUCCCCAGCUGGCUGGCAAAAAUCUUACGGCAGCUCUCUAACCCUGGACUCGUCAUUGCUGUGAUUUUGAUCAUGGUCUUGACUAUCUAUUAUCUUAAUGCUGCUAGCAAGGUACAGAAACUUGGAAACUUGGAGUUAAAGAAGAAGAUGAAGAUGCAAGCUGAGGAGAACAAAAUGCGAAACAAGAAAAUGGCUGCUGCAAGAGCAGCAGCUGCAGCAGGUGGCCAGUAACCAUGACAGACAGCUCUGGGAUCCAGGAAUACUCCUGACCUUGGAGAAGAAGAAUAAUGAGCUGUCUGGAUGUCCAAAGAACCUCCAUGUUGCUAUUUCAAAACUUUUUCUUUGCUUCUACUGCCUUUCAAGGUCAAGCACAUUUCCAACUAUCUCUCUGAUAUUGAGAAAGACCUCAAAUUGAUACUGUUUUCUGUACCAGUGAUUAAUUGCAAUAGCCCUAAUUUUUUCACUGUAAGACCUCCCUGUUCAGUUUUGUCAAAUAUGAGAGCCUGAAAAGGGAUGAGCAGAAAAUCCACAUGCAUUUACUCAGUUAUUUGCCUAAAAGUUGAGUUAAACAUACAGCCAUAUGGAAUGCCUCUUUUUUACAUGCUUUCCAAAAAUGUUUGCUCUCAGAAAAUUUUCUUUGCAGUUGGAAUCUGAGCAGGGAUGUGUCACCUCUCUCCCUGCCCCCCAAGAUGAGUGUCACAUAUAUUAAUUAAUCAAUCUAUGAAUCUAUGAAUCUAUUAAUGAAUCUUCAUUCAUUAGUUCACCAAUUCAAAUGAGAAAAAAAAUUUAAAUGCUCUAUUGUCAGACUCUGGACUUUUGAUUCCAAAAUAGCCAGGUUAGCAAUAGUUUUUAUGUAAAAAAGGGGACUAGUCAAUAGCAUUUCAUAGAGUACUCCACUGAAUGUCUCUCAUCUAAAGGGGAACCAUAAAUCUUGGAGAAUCAGCAUUAUUUUUAAGGGAAAAAAAUGGAUCAUUCAUGUUACCCAACAUGUAACUGAAACUACAAUUUGUCAUUUGAAUGCUAGCAAAAAGUAAUGAUAUAUCCACUGGGUUAAUAUAUCUUUUAACAGGUAGGUAUAAAUAUAUUUUGUUAACUAAUGAGAAAGGACACACCAUUUGGAGCCACAGGGCUUAGUUUAUGAGUGUACUUCAGCAUUGUUUAUUUACAAAAGUCAUUUAUUUUGAAUAAUUGACUCAGUUCCCUUGUCAA